ACGACAUUAACGAAGUAGAGCGAAGGCUUCUUCAUCUCUUCGGGUUGUAGAUUAAAGAGAGUUUUGUUACGCUCAUUUCUUUCCUCGAUCUUGCUUUAUCUUCCUCCUCUUUAGCUUCCUGAUGAAAAGGAUCUGCUGCUCUCGUUCUGAUACACAAAUUGUACUAGGACAAAAAUCUCGUUCUAGUAAAGGAAAACCCGAUGGAGAAAUCAAGUUUGGAUAUAGUUUAAUGAAGGGGAAGGCUAAGCAUCCAUUGGAGGAUUAUCAUGUUUCUAAGCUCAUCAACGUCGAAGGCAAUGAACUUGGUUUAUUUGCAAUCUUUGAUGGUCAUAAAGGUGAUCAAGUAGCUGCUUAUUUGCAGAAACAUCUCUUCUCCAACAUCCUUAAAGAUGGAGAGUUCUUGGUUGAUCCUCGAAGAACGAUAGUAAAAGCUUAUGAGAAUACAGACAAAGAGAUUUUGUCGGAUACUAGUUCGGAUUUAUGGAGUGGUGGUUCAACCGCAGUGACUGCUAUUUUGAUAAAUGGAAAGGUUAUGUGGAUAGCUAAUGUGGGUGAUUCAAGAGCCAUUGUGUCUCGUAGAGGUAAAGCAACGCAGAUAAGUGUUGAUCAUGAUCCUAAUACUGAUGCUGAAAGGAGUAUGAUCGAGAGUAAAGGUGGAUUUGUAACCAACAGGCCAGGUGAUGUUGCUCGAGUGAAUGGUAUAUUAGCUGUGUCUCGUACCUUUGGUGAUAAGGACCUCAAAGCGUUUAUGAAUAGAGAGCCUGACAUUAAGGAUGUCAAAAUUGAUAGCCACACAGAGAUUCUUAUUUUGGCUAGUGACGGUAUUUCAAAGGUGAUGGCAAACCAAGAAGCAGUUGACAUAGCUUUGAAGUUUAAAGAUCCAAAGAAAGCGGCUAAACAACUAGUUGUUGAAGCAUUGAAAAGAAACAGUAAAGAUGACAUAUCUUGCAUUGUUGUCCGGUUUAAAUAGAUGAUAGAUUCAGCUUAUGUGAUUCUUGUGUUGGGUCC